UAUUUUUUUUUCCUGAACUUUAAGACAUGCAAUCCAACCAAGCAAGUAAUGAACACAGCAAAUCAAAAUCUGAACCAACUUGUGUUAGCAAUUCUUUCCAAAUGCAAUAAUCUGAAUCAUCUUAAACAGCUCCAAUCUUAUCUCACGGUUAUUGGUCACUCGCAGACCCAAUUUUACUCUUUCAAACUUGUCCGUUUUUGUAUUCUCAAUCUCUCAAACUUUAACUAUGCUCGUUAUAUUUUCAAUCAUCUUCACUCUCCUAAUAUCUAUCUUUUCACUGCCUUGGUCACUGCCUAUGCCUCUAAUCCUGAUCAUCAUCUUUCCGCCUUUGAAUUGUAUCGGGACAUGGUUCGUCGAGCACACCCUAAACCUAACCAUUUUAUCUUUCCUCAUGUUCUCAAAUCGUGUCAAAACACUAAAGUGGUGCAUUCCCAGAUAGCUAAAUUGGGUUUUAGUCAAUACCCGGUUGUUCAAACUGCUCUUGUGGAUUCAUAUUCGAGGUUUAUGUCGGAUAUUGGUUGUGCGAGACAGGUGUUUGAUGAAAUGUCUGAGAGAAAUGUUGUAUCUUGGACUGCUAUGAUUACCGGGUAUACUAGAGUUGGUGAGGUUGGUAAUGCGAUUUCUAUUUUUGAUAAAAUGCCUGAGAGAGAUGUUCCAUCUUGGAAUUCUAUUAUUGCUGGUUGUACACAAAAUGGGUUGUUUAUAGAAGCUAUUUGCCUUUUCAGAAAGAUGAUCCUUGUUGCUCAAAGCAAGCCUAAUCAGGUCACGACAGUGUGUGCUCUCUCUGCUUGUGGCCAUACUGGCAUGCUUCAGCUUGGGAAAUGGGUACAUGGUUAUGUGUAUAAAAAUAGUCUUGGUUUUGAUUCAUUUGUGUCGAAUGCACUGGUGGAUAUGUAUGGAAAAUGUGGGAGUUUAAGAGAGGCCUCGAAGAUUUUUGAUAUGACUUUAAAGAAAAGCUUGACAUCUUGGAAUUCAAUGAUAAAUUGUUUUGCCCUCCAUGGGCAUAGCAAGAAAGCAAUAUGUAUUUUUGAGGAGAUGAUCCAAUAUGGAGCUGAUGUAAGACCGGAUGAGGUGACCUUUGUUGGUUUGUUGAAUGCUUGCACCCAUGGAGGACUUGUCGAAAAAGGACGUUUCUAUUUUGAUACGAUGACUCAGGAUUAUGGGAUUGAACCUCAGAUUGAGCAUUAUGGGUGCUUGGUAGAUAUCCUUGGUCGUGCUGGAAGGUUUGAAGAAGCCUUGGAAGUUGUGAGGGAAAUGAAGAUUGAACCUGAUGAAGUUGUUUGGGGUUCUUUGCUAAAUGGAUGUAAAGUACAUGGAAAUACAGAUUUAGCAGAAUCUGCUAUUAAAAAACUAAUUGAAAUUGACCCAAAAAAUGGAGGCUAUGGCAUAAUGUUAGCAAAUUUAUAUGGCGGGCUAGGGAAAUGGGAUGAGGUUCGCAAGGUAAGAAAGAUGUUGAAGGAUCACAAUGCUUAUAAGACACCAGGGUGCAGUUGGAUUGAGGUUGAUAAUGAAGUGUGUCAGUUCUACUCUGUUGACAAAACACAUCCUAGAUCGGAGGAGAUAUACAGGAUAUUGGAAAAUUUAAGGCUUGGAGUGGCUUGAUACCUGGUAUUCUCCAGAUAGUGACUGCCACAGAUAACUGUAAACAAAGAGUUGUCUGAUAUUGAUUUAUUUCUGAAGCAGAAACCAACUGGCUUAUUGUACGACUUUCCUCAAACGCACAUUAAGGACGGGGAACACCAUUUUCUUCCAGACAAUAGGUACCAGAACCAUGCCACUUUUAAAAUCCAAAUCCAAAUUUAAAAUCAGCUGUGUUUUCCAAAGUAAAGAAACUGAAAGAUUAUGUUAUUCUUUCCUUUGACGGUAGAGAUUCUUCAUUUGAGGCUGAAAGGGAUGUUAAAAGUCUUACAAGGCAAGUUUAUCAUUGAUGUGGAUAAGGAAACCUGACAUAAAUAUUAAACUAUGGGAUACACACUUCAGAUUUGUGUGCAAAAUCUUUGAGAUUUCAAAAAAUAGGCGAGCCUGCAACUAUAUAUAUGUUCAUGGAAUAAUUGGAUCCAAGUCCCAGAGUCAUAGGUGAGAGCAGACACUGUUUAGGUCAACUUUGACCAUUUCAGCAUGAACCACAUUUUCUAUGAAGAGGUAAGCUAGAGGAAUUUUGCAGUUUUCGGAUAAAAAGGACAGUGUCAAGUUGCAGCUUACCAGUGGCAUCAAUUCUUGAUCAUGUGUUGUUAGCUUUUCUGCAGUUCUUUUCAUCUAGCAGCUUGAUUCCUUCAUCUUUGGGCUAAAUGUAACAAAUUUUAUUGGUAUGUUGACUUUUAAAAUUUCUAGAAUCUCCGCAGUAGAAAGUUCAGACUUCUCAUUUGUAAUUUCAUGUAAAUGCAGGUCUUGCCUAUUUAUGCUGGCAGACUAAAUUUAAAAUAUAGUAUUUGAUGACUAAAGUUUAAUUGUGGAAAAGUACCAAUAGAUAGAGUCCAGAUUGCAUUUGGUUUGAGUUAGAGAAUAGUCAGGUUUACUACGGGAUUUGGUGGCCUUAAGCCUACCUAUUCCCUAGUGCCGGUCAUGGGCCCACAGAUCCGGUCGUGACAUAUAUUAACAAAGAUACUUUUUGUUUACAAAUUAUAAAACUUGUACCCUUUCUUA